AACACCAUAGUUGAAGAAAUUAAUAUAUAUCAACCAAAAUGGGGUUGUACAAGAUUUCAUUAUGUCUAUUGUGUGUGUUGGGGUUAGUCAUUGUGGGUGAUCAUGUUGCGUAUGCUCAAGACUCACCAACAGACUAUGUUAAUGCACACAACGCUGCAAGAUCACAGGUUGGUGUUCCAAAUAUAGUUUGGGAUAACGCAGUCGCUGCUUUUGCACAGAACUAUGCUAACCAACGCAAAGGUGACUGCAAACUCGUCCACUCUGGUGGUGAUGGAAAAUACGGGGAGAAUCUUGCAGGAAGUACCGGUAACCUAAGUGGGAAAGAUGCAGUGCAAUUGUGGGUGAAUGAGAAAUCCAAGUAUAACUACAACUCCAACUCGUGUGUUGGUGGGGAGUGCCUGCACUACACUCAGGUCGUUUGGAGAAACUCUUUGCGCCUUGGAUGUGCCAAAGUAAGGUGUAACAAUGGAGGCACAUUCAUAGGUUGCAACUAUGCUCCCCCUGGCAACUAUAUUGGCCAAAGACCAUACUAAGUUGUUUCGAUGUAGAAGCUACCACUUCAGAUUAAAUCAUAAUAACAUGCAAGCAUAGCAUCAUGAAUUUAGCCAACGACUUUAAAUUCGUGUUGUAAUACUUUUCAAUGUAUUGAAAUAACAUAGUGUUCAUCACACUUUAUAACUCAUACUCAUACUUCGUUGUCAUAUGCUGGUAAAAAUAAACUUGCUUGGUCACCUGGAAGUUGGUUUUCUUUGGCUGUAUCA